AUGCUGGCCAGCGUCUAUGAAAGACUCCAACAGUGUAGUGAUAGUGUUCAACCACGCCACCUGACGGAACUAGAGACAUGGCACUACAAGUUAAUCUCUUCACAGGGGCUGCAUGACUGCCACUGUCUGCUGACGGCCCACCACAAACCUGGCAGUGGAGCAGAUAACAUAAGACCCAACCAGUGGAGGCUGGUGGGAGGAGCUAUAGGAGGACAGGCUCAAUUUAAUGGCUGGAAUGGGAAAAUUGGAACAGUAUCAAAAACACAUGGAAACCACGUUUGACUCCGUUCCAUAAAUUCCAUUACAAUGAGCCCAUCCUCCUAUAGCCCCUCCCACCAGCUUCCACUGGACCCAACCUAGGUAGGCCUAAAAAUCAACAAGCUCAUCCUUGUGUGUUACAUCAUGUAUAAUUUGCUAAUACAUUAGCUUUUUUUUUUCAUUUGAAUGACAUUAGAAAGUUUCCAACGCUCCUGCUGCUAAAAGGAACCUUUUGUGAGUACAUGCCAUAUCAUGCGUCACUUCUUUAAAGACCGGCCAUACGCCACUGCUGUUCGAUUCAUACCAGAGGCCACAAUUGUCAUUUGGAUCUCUUAGACAUGUUUUGGCAUAUGUGUGUGUAGCCUCACAUUUGAACAGGUUACCGCUGAUGCACUUAACCUAGAGGAGGAUCCUGAGGAUGUGCGCCAGGGGGUCCACAGGUACUUGGUCUACAUACUGUCAGAGGACCGGGAGCAAGAGGUGGUGUCUAUCAUUAGUUAA